AAAGGAGGAAUCGUUCGUUUCUCAGGGGGGAAAAGCAAGGCCUGUCUCCCUUUCUCCAUGAACAGUUAACAACUCUUGCACGGUGUGUUGCUCAACCCAACAUUGAAGCUGACAUGCCUCCUCCUCCUCCGCCGCCACCGCCGCCACCUCCACCCCCGCCGCCAGGAGGAGGGGGAGGUAGAGCACCUCCCCCUCCUCCUCCACCGCAAUUAGGCGUGAUACCGUCCGGACUUCCUCCGGCAGCAGUUGAAGACCCACACCGAAAUGCUCUCAUGGCUAAUAUCCGGACCUCGGGAGGGAAGCGAGGUCUCCGGCCAGUUCCGAGAAGAGAAAAAAGGGUCUCCAAUUUCAUGCAGACCUUGAAGAUGGAGGCCCAACAAGAACAAGGAGUCACACUCUCCGUGGCUCCGUCAAAAUCCGCCCAGAAAACCACCAAGCCAGACAAACCGGUCAGCCGGACAACCUCUCGGGAUUCGGAGCGAUCCCCUCUGCCCAAGCGAGCAGCUCUUUCUUUAGACAGUGCUAGUGAUAUGUCCACAUUCCAACUGCCUCCAAAGACCACGGACGAUGAGUUGAAUGCACUUCUGAGUGAGAUCGAUAAAGAGAUAUCUUUGGACCCGGAGUUGGCUGAGGAUCUGCUCGACAUUCUCGAGGACGAUGAAGCAAUACCGGAUUCCAGCCAACAGCCCGAACGUAAGAAAGAUGAUGAAGAGAUGAAGGUCAUGAUGGAGAUGCUUGAGAAUGCCGAAAAAGACAUUGGCCAGGGAGAUGAGAAAGAGCUAUUGGAUUUGAUAGAGAACCUCGAGCCUGAGCCGGUGCCAGAUCAGUCUCAAAGUCCUAAGCCAGAGGUCGAAACAAAGCAAAAACCAAAGAAGAAAUUCAUUCCCAAGGGAGGCGUGUCCCUCUUUGGCAACGUCGAUCUUUUUUCUGGCAAAACCCCAUUUGGAGGAAUCAUUGCGAAAUCCGAAGUCAAAGAUGACAAUGAAAUUGACGAGACAUCGGAGAGAAAAGCUUUUCAACCGCUCAUGAACAGAAUGAGCACCAUUUCGACACGAUGCGAGGAAAUGGUAGAAAAGCCAGUCUCUUUUGAUGACGCCCCGUCGAAGAGCCAUGUCAUUUCGUCGCAUACCAAGAAUAGAGCUGCACCACCUGUAAGACGUCCCCCUACCAAGCACAAGCCGCAACAAGAGACACCUGAUAGUCAAGUAGACAAAGAAAACUCGAUUGGUAAGUUCAACGGACUACAAAAUGGUAGUUGUGAAGAAUUAGAAGAAAGCAUAGGUAAGAAAAAGGAGUUUCGUGAGCAUGAUAAAGACAACGAUCCAAGUCAAAAGGGAAAGGGCGAAAAUGAUUCUGCAUCUCGCUCAAAGUGUAAAUCCAAUGAAAUGACCUUAGGUGAACUUCAAAACAGAGAAAUACAAGCAAGGCAAGAAAAGAUUGCUAAACAAAAGGUAGAACAAGAAAAGAUUGACAAGGAAGAGGCCGACGAAAAUACACUUGCCGAAGAAGACGCUGAGAAAGAAAUACUCAAACCAGAAAAGGCCAAAAAGAAAAUCAUUGCUGAAGAGGCAGCGAUUGCAGAAGAAAGAGAAAAACAAAAGACAAUUGCAAAAGAACAGGAAAAACAAGACAGGAUUGUCCAGGAAAAGGCUCAAAAAGAAAUACUUGCAAGUGAAAAGGCCAAGAAAGAGAGAAUUGGCAAUGAAGAAGUCAAGACAGAGAGAAUUGGAAAAGAAAAGGCAGAACAACAGAGACCCGCCAAAGACGAAGCUAAAAGAGAAACACUAGCCAAAGCAAAAGAAGAACAAGAGAUGAUUGCAAAAGAAAAAGACGAACAAGAGGGACUGGCAAAAGAAAAGGCAGAAAAAGAGAGACUUGCCAAAGAAAAUACAGAGAUGGAACAACUGGCAAAAGAAAAGGCAGAACAAGAGAAACGCACCAAAAAAGAAGCUAAACGAGAAAGACUUGCCACAGCAAAAGCAGAACAAGAGAGGAUUGCAAAAGAAAAAGCCGAACAAGAGAACCUUGCCAGAGAAAAGGCAGAGAAAGAGAGACUUGCCAAAGAAAAUGCAGAGAUGGAACGACUGGCAAAAGAAAAGGCAGAACAAGAGAAACGCGCCAAAGAAGAAGCUGAACGAGAAAGACUUGCCAAAGAGAAAGAAGAACAAGAGAGGGUUGCAAAAGAAAAAGCUGAGCAAGAAAAACUUUCCAGAGAAAAGGCAGAACAAGAGAAACGCGCCAAAGAAGAAGCUGAGCGAGAAAGACUUGCCAAAGAGAAGGCAGAACAAGAGAGGAUUGCAAAAGAAAAAACCGAACAAGAGAACCUUGCCAGAGAAAAGGCAGAGAAAGAGAGACUUGCCAAAGUAGAAGAAGCUGAGAGUGAAAGACUUGCCAAAGAGAAAGAAGAACAAGAGAGGAUUGCAAAAGAAAAAACCGAACAAGAGAACCUUGCCAGAGAAAAGGCAGAGAAAGAGAGACUUGCCAAAGUAGAAGAAGCUGAGAGUGAAAGACUUGCCAAAGAGAAAGAAGAACAAGAGAGGAUUGCAAAAGAAAAAGCCGAACAAGAGAACCUUGCCAGAGAAAAGGCAGAGAAAGAGAGACUUGCCAAAGAAAAUGCAGAGAUGGAACGACUGGCAAAAGAAAAGGCAGAACAAGAGAAACGCGCCAAAGAAGAAGCUGAACGAGAAAGACUUGCCAAAGAGAGGGCAGAACAAGAGAGGAUUGCAAAAGAAAAAGGCAAACAAGAGAGACAUGCCCUCAAAGCGGCUGAAAAAGAUAGAAUUAGAAAUGAAAAAGCAGAGCAAGAGAGGAUUGCCAAGGAGGGGGCCGAAAAAGAGAGUAUUGCUCAAGAUGCAGAAAAGGAAAGGCUCGAAAGGGAAGAGGCAGAGAAAGAAGAGAUUGCCAAGGAAGAGGCUGAGAAUGAAUGGGUUGUUAAACAAUCAGAAGAAGGGCUUACAGAUGAAAAGGUUGAGCAAGGCAGGUUUGCCAAAGAAGCGCCCAUUGAAAAGGAGCUUGCUAAAGAAGCAGAUCAAAAGGCACUUGGCAAGAAAAAGAUGGGAAAAGAAAGAUUCACCAAUGAAAUGGAAGGAAAAAUCCUGCUUGCCAAAAACGGAGGAGAGGAUGAAAGGAUUUCAAAUGAAGAGAAAAAUGCUUUGCCGAAAAGAUGUACAAGACAAGUUGUCGAGAAACAUCUGGAGAAGAACACCUUAACACACGUUGAACAACAUGAGCACAAGAUUUUUAGUGACUCUAAAUCUGAGUCUGAGAAUGUGUUUGCAAGCAAAGACGUUGAAAAAAUUGUCAAGAACGAAACGGACCAACUCGCCAAGGAAUUGUAUUUUGCCGAUGUGUCUCUGGAAAGUGGUUUGCCGCUCUCUAAAGAUGUACAAUACAAUGACGACAACCAGCCAAUUCAAACAUCUCAGAUUGCUCCCAUGUUGGAACAUAAAGCUUCAACUCAAAAGUUUGUCACCAAAGGUGAUGUUGAUCAAGAGCAAGCGAACCGAAGAAUUGACGCAAAGGAUGAUCAUGGCAAUCAUUGUGAUGAGGCUGACCCUAUAUAUUUAUCAAAAGAAGUCGAAUUCAAAAUCAGGAGCGAAGAUGAUAAACGGAAGGAAAGAAGCAAACAAUUGCAAGAAGCUGAGAAUUUCAGGAAAGAAAUUGCUUCAGAAAGGAACAUCAAGGAACAAGAGGAUGCCCGUAAAGCGCAGCUUCAAGAAGAGCGAAGAGUGGCUUUCGAAAAGCAGAAAAUUGAGGACAAAAGACAAAUAAUAAAAGAGCAAACUGAAAUGGAGAUCCUCGCCAGGAAAAAAAGAGAAGAGGAGCGGAUAGCGUUGGAACAGAAACUCAGGUCCAGGAGGGAGCAGGAAGAAAAUGAGCGAUUGGCAGAACAAAGCCGAUACGAGCAAGACCUAAAGGCUGAAAAAGGACGUUUACGCGACCUCUCGCGGAAGCGUGGAGAGGAGGAAGAGAAUAAGAUCCAGCAGUUAUUGGCCCAAACAAAGCAACGGGAAGCCAAACUUAGAACUCUUCUGGGGGAAUCUGAAACUACCAAAGCGGUUAACUCAGCCCAAGAUGAAAAGAGCGUUUCACUAUCAGACUUUGAAAAGGCUCGACAGGACAGGAUUGCUCGCAGGAAGCUUAUCGAAGAAGAGAUGAACUCGUCCAACUCUUCAGUGGCCCAUCACGUACCUGAAAAGGCUGAUCCGCCAGCUCACCAACGGGAACCCUUGGAAAUCGACAGGAAGCGUCAUCAGAAUCAAUCUUUGGAGCGGAAAAAGGCGGAAGACCAAGCCAUCUUGGAUCAAAUCGCGGAAACUAAGAAAAUCGCCAAUCGGACCAAAACCUUGAGUGAACAAGUCGCUCGAGACACGAGAAGUGGUGACACGCCUGACUCCCACAAGAUCUAUGAACCCGUUUUCUCUUCUUACGCCCGAUCCCCUAGGUCUAGGUUGUCGCUCUAUACGCCCUCCGAACCUGCUUCAGGGCAAGAGGCUUCUCCCAUGAGCACCCCCGUGUCGCCUGAUCAACUUCUUCAAAAAUUGAAUUAUGACGAGAACAAACGCAAGGCUGAAUACGACUCUGUCAGGGGCAGUCGGUCGCCCAGAAAGGGUUCAACCUCUGCCGAUUCUGCGUCAUCGCGUAGGUCCUCCGGCGAGGUGGAUUCAAUUCGGGGCCAAAUCGAUCGACUUCACAACAAUUCCAGCAGUUUGGCCAAGACCUCCUAUGAAAGGCCCACGGUUCCAUUAACCGCUUCGCAAUCUGCCCUCACACCGUCAAGCAACCGACAACGGAUCCGGGACCUUUUGGAGAAGCAAAGAGACCAUGAUGCUGCCCAAUCUGAGGAGGAGAGCAAACGAUCAACGGCUUUCAAACCUAACACAGAAAGACUUUUGUGGGUGUUUCGAUGACAUGACUCAUAUUUUUAUUAUUAAUUUUUUUACAUGCUCUUUUCAUGUAGUCUCCAAGGAGUCCAAUAAAUUAAUGCAUGACUCUUCCCCUCAUGA